AUGACUUCUAUCCCAAGACCAAGCAUCGAUAUCGUCCAAUGUAUUGUGGACAACCAAGUUGCCAUCGUCACUGGCGCUGCUAGAGGCAUCGGCUUUGCCACGGCAUCUCUCCUGGCAGAAUAUGGAGCACGAGUCAUUCUGGUAGACCUCCGAGAGGACGACCUGAAGGCAGCUUGUGCCAAAAUCGGCGAACAAUCCACAUACGAGGUCUGCGACCUGAGUGACUGGGAUCAGCAGGUGAACCUGUUUCACCGCGUGUCAACUACAAUCGGGCCGAUCAAUCUGCUCGUCUGCAAUGCAGCGGUCAAUCCCGAGAUCGCGCUGCUGCAGGUAUCCGACCCGGCGAAUCAUGCGCAAAUGAAUUCACAGGUCCGCUUCAAUUACCUUGCGGAUGAGAAGAACCACCAGAAGAGCGAUACCUUGCAGCGCCCUUCAACUACCCUUUUUGAGACCAACUUAAACUCGGUUGUGUUUGGUCUCAAGCUGGGCAUCCAUUAUAUGAAGCCAUAUGGGGGCCGAAUCGUGGUGGUCGCGUCAGCGGGUGCGUACGUGCCAAUCCCCUCCCAGCCCCUUUAUUCAGCGAGCAAACACGCGGUGCUGGGAUUGGUCCGCAGUACUGCAAUGAUGGACGAGGUGCUUCGGUCGGGCAUCUCCAUUUCCUGGGUGGCACCCUGGUUGACAUUGACGUCAAUGGUGGAGGGCCUGAAGGCAACCACCAACCCGGAUAACCUGAAGAGUUCUCCCGGGGACGUCGCAUGGGCCAUUCUUGCAGCAGCGGCGGCCGAGGCACCCAAUGGCAAGGGGUAUUGGGUUCAAGGUACAGCGAUCAGCGAGGUCGAGAGAGCCUACGGCGAGGUGGCGGGGCGGCUGAUCUCGCCGGAGAAUCGGUUCUGA